GGACUUCCUGCAGCUACAGAAGCACUAUUCUAUCCUGGAGCGCAUUGCAGAGAUAGAGGGUCUCACAGUUCAUAGCAACAAUCUUUUAGGUAAAGGCUAUCUGAAUAGAGUGAGUCUACUGAAAAGGUUUGAUUUAGAUAGGGGAACCUUUGAUUUAGAUGACAUCCUGCUGUCUAAAUAUAAAAGGGAGGUUCUCACAGAGUUAGAAGAUAUGCAUAUGGAAUUACAGGAAGCCCAGGCCAAAAAAGCAGUUCUUUUUUUAUGACAAGAAAUUACCCAAACUUCAGUGGAGUCCGACAAGAGAGAAGUGUUUGAGAGAGAAGCAGAAAUCAUUAAGUGAUCUCAGGUAUAUUUAUCAGAACUCAGCAGGUAAGGAUAAUCUCAAUACUCCCCUGCGUAGAGGGGCAAUUUACAAAAGAACCAUGCCAGAUUUUAACAGGAAUUCUUCAUUUCUUGACCUGUAUGCCAAAUAUAAAACACUUGGCGAUGAAGCCAAGCAGAAAAAUUUCACUGGAUGUAUUAAGGGUAGAAAAAGUUAUGCUGCCCACUCCAAGGGCUCUCCUCGCUUAGGUCCAUAUAUGGAGAUACUAGAGAGGACUAGGAAAGCAAAGCAUGGGCCAGUGCUGUAUGGAACACACAUAAAUGAUCAAUUUAAUCGGUACGAAAUUUAUGUGUCUAAUUUAAAGAAGGUGUCCAGGUCAUGCCCAGAUUUAAAAGCAAAAUUAAAGGGUAGCUGGUGCUCUGCAGCAGAAAGAGGUACAGGUACCUCAAAACAGUUCAAUGCAAGUAGUGCAUUGAGAUCAAAUGUUCCGUCUGUAUUACAGCAAACCCCAGCAGCUCAGGUAAAAGCUGGAGAAAACAUUUUAAAAAACAGGACUGACAGCUGUGUUCCAGUAAGGGUCAGGCUAGAGGAAUCAGCAUACAGGCAGCAAGCAAAUGUAUUUCCCAAUGAAAAUAGCUGCAGGAAUCAAAAAAAAUUCUUCUCAAGUGAAUCUAGUUUUAAAAAGUGUAACUUAUCUGAUAGAAAUCAGUCAGAAUUUGAUCAAAAUAUCCAUGCACAUUCGGAGUUUGAACACUUAGCAACAAGUAAAAUCCCUGAUGCUUUUCAAAAUUUUGAUGGGCAAAUUGUACCAGUUCAAAAAGAAAGAGAUACCCAUUCACCAUUAGAAAAGCCACAAAUCUCUUGUCAGAAGGUUAAAGGUUGUUAUGAUGAUAAAAGUCGAAGUCCAUUUUUGACAAGCAAAAAUACUGGUUGUUUACCAAAAACCUUUGAAGUGUUUAGAGAUAAUGAUGACAGAUCUGAGAAUAUGAGGAAUAGAAAUAGUGAUGUAUAUUGUAUGUCUCUAGGCUGCAAGCAUCUCAGAUGUCCAGCUGCCAGUGCUAAUCACCUCACACUCUCACCUGGAAGCCUUAAUCCUUCAACAAAUGAUAAAUAUACUACAGGAGCUGGGGAGGGCAGCUUUGAAAAUUUCACAAGCAGAGAUGUAGGAGGCCAUUUUGUUAAUAACCCUACUGGCAAUGAACAAUCAGUAUGUGACAAUCAGUUAAAGGUCGAACUUAGGAGAAAUCAUCUCCCUGAAAAUGAAAGUGACUUAAACCCCAGUGAAUGCAAACAAUUAGCAUUGCAUACAUUAUAUAAAGAUGAAUUAAGAAAAGGGGAACUGACUAUUCUUGGGGCACAUCUCAGUAGAAACCCAGUACCGGGAAUAAGGCCCACUGACAUUUACACACAGAGAAGCAGGCCAUGCCAUGUUGAAGAGAGGAACAGUUUUGAUGGAUCUGGUAAAGGAGAGGAGAUAACCAACUUGGCAAGCUUAAAGUUCAAAGAUUCACUGCCUUUGAUAGACACACAUAGAAAUGCAGUUUCUUUGACAAGAGAUAUGGGGCAAAAAUAUGAAAUCAGUUUGGUGGGUUCUAGCUAUAUAGGUAAAGGCAAUGAAGGUAGGGCAGAGAGUGUAAACAAUUUACACAGCGGGGCUCAUGUUUCCAGUCCGAGCAGGUUGAGUUCAAGACAACUAGGUAUCCUGGAUAGCUCUACUCAUAUUAAACAGCUUGAAUGCUCAGGUAGGAAAAAUGCUGUGUUUGAAAAAGCUGUGCAGGAAGAAAUUGUAAAUAGAGGCUUACUUAAAAAUAGGCAGCUUUCCCCAAGCCUUUUGGCUGAAGAGUCAAAGCCAGAUAGGAAUGUCUUGGGCAGUUCACAAUUAGAGGGUAAGGACCAACAAGAUUCAGUCAGUAAAGACAAGAGAAAUGUUCCUUCGUCGCAGACUUCAGGUGUGGCAAUUGGUAGCUCAAUGCCCAACUUACUGGAGUACAGAAAGGCACUGUGGAGUCAUUCUUUACUGCAGGCCUCAUCUUCUCUGUCUGGAAAUUUAUGUAAGUCGAGUGAAAAUUGUUUUGCAAAAAGUCCAGCAAGGUCCAGCAGCCAUCCACCAAAAAGCUUUAGUUUUUCACAGCUCAUGUUAGCCGAUGAUAACUUUGCUGUGAAGCAGGGCAGUGGUGAGAAGCAAGGAAAUUUUCAUGCUCCUUUACGAUCCCAGCAGUAUAGUUGUGAAAGUUUAGAAAAUAUUGUUGUCAAAAAUGGUGAGGUUCUUGCCAUAGCUACUACACCAUUGGGUUUGUUUGGUCAAAGAAAAGAAGGGUACUCUAGCUCACCAUCAAAUCAUGAUUACAAUUAUGCUGAAAGAACCUCUCCAUUUGGUAAGAAUGUGAUUCCAACAACAUCGAGUCUCCUAGAUAAUGAUUGCAAGAAAGUUGCACAUGCAGACAAAAGUGCAAAAAGUGGUUUAUGUGAGGUCCAGAAAACCCCCAGUCAUACAGAGUCACUAGAUGUAGAUUUUCUAAAGAACACACAAAAGUCACAAGAUAAAGAUUUUUCAGAUGGGCCAUUAAAACAUGCCUCUAAUGAAAAAUACCCUGGCUCAUGUGUGAGUGAAAUUGUUGGUACUGGUGCUGCCACCUGUCUUGACCCUGUCCACAAGAUGGAAGAUGCCAACACUGCCACUGACAAAAAACUACAAUCUGUUGUCAGGGGAACUGUUAGCAGAGGGUUAAAACAUCACCCAAUGAAUGGGGCCGUCUCCUCCCUUUCAGUUGACCACCUGAAUGACUCUAGGGGAUCUGGGGUUCAGAAGGAGUCAGUAGUUUUAAAGAAGGCUUCUUCAGUUGAUCUGGGCACAGCAAAAACCAGAACUGUUGAUUUCAUGCCUAAAACUGUGAACAAAUUGUACGAGUUUGAGACAAACAAACAGGGUGGAAAGAGUGGGGAAAGGGUCAAUCCAAUAGUCGCAUCAGUAAGGGCUCACAGAACUCAGUGCCGACUGGUCCCUGAUUCCUCAGUGUGCCACAACUCGGCCCAGAAACCACCUCCCUAUCAAGACCUCAUUGGUAGAAAUAAAGGGGGGAGGGGCAAUGGUCAAAACAAAACACCAGAUGACACAUUAGGUGUUAGUGAUGCACUUCAUGCAAACAUUAACCAACAUGAACAAGGCAAUCCAAAUACAUUUACAGUGCUCAACAAAUACAUACAUGAUAUAAAGCAAGGUGUGUCCCCAUGGAAAGGAGAAAAAGAUGCAGAGUCUCCCCACAAUAAACCGUCACCUGAGUCUUCACCCCCAGCACCUGCACAGCGCAGUCCGCACGGCUCCUGGGACAGACGGAGAAGGGAUGAGGCUGACGAAAGACGGAGAAUUCGUGUACAACAAAUAACUGAGGAAGAAAAAAAGAAGAAAGCCAUUCAAGAACAGCUAGACGCUCAAGCUCGAAGGCAUUCAGAUUAUUUUACGCCUGCACAGAAAUCUCCCAUCCCUACUGAUCGUUUUGACAAAUACCAAGGAAAGAACAUGAAAAAGAAGCCAGAAAUUCAUGGGAAGGCUAGAGCCUUGUAUAAUUUCAGUGCUCAAAGUCCAAGGGAACUCUCCUUUAGAAAAGGAGACAUCAUUUUGCUGAUCAAGAAGGUGGACAAGAAUUGGUUUGAAGGAGAACAUCAUGGAAAAACUGGUCUCUUCCCUGUUAAUUAUGUUGAGGUGAUCACCUCUGUAGAGGCUGCCCAUCUCCAGGACCUAGUUUCAGAGGGACAAGCUGUGGCCAAGUUCAAUUUUACUGCCCAAACCAAAGUGGAGAUGUCUGUGAAGAAGGGUGAGGUUGUGGUGCUAAUCCGUCGUGUAGAUGAGAACUGGUACGAAGCAAAGAUAGGCAGCCGACAUGGCAUUGUCCCUGUCAGCUACCUGGAGGUAGUGAGGGAGCCAACGAAAAGAGCAUUCUCUCCAAUUUCAGUGUCUUCCAGUCAUCCGAUGUCGCCAGUCAAUUACAAUGGUCCUUUGAGCCCCACCCCCGGUGCCCCCGCCCGCCCCCAGCAGCCAGUGUCCUGGUCACCAACACAACGCAGUGCCAGUCCUUCAUCACAAACCAGGACACAGUACAGUCCACAGUCGUCACCCAGGACCAUACAUGCUAGAUCAAUAGUAACCAAGCAGAGCAGUCCACCCCAUGACCAGCAUCCAGGAAGCGCCUAUUCCACACAGACCUGGUCACCUACAUAUCGUAGCGCAAGUCCUAGGGAUUACACUGAUGCAGGAGGGCGACCAGCACAGAAUAGAGUGGCUCCCCCUUCAGGCCACAGUGGCAGCCAGCCUCAAAGUUUUUCUACACAGACGUGGACAGGGGGGAGCCCCUCCCUUGUGAGAGCUACAGAUGUCCACAGAGGGGCACCAGAUGUUGGCUAUACACAGGAAAUUAGGGCACCAAGUCCUACCACAUUCAGUUCAAUAACUAUGUCCACCUCUGUGAAGGAUAAAGAUAAGAAAAAGAAGCAUAUAAUUGUGCAACCAGCACCAAUCAGUGAGCAUCAAACAAGUGUCAACCUUCAGCAGACUGUAAUACCUCAACAGAUUCCAGUAUUCAAAUGUGAAGGAGAGGAUGAAUUCUUACCGUAUCAGGCAGUGUAUCCAUACCAUCCUCAGAAUGAAGAUGAACUGGAGUUGAAGGAAAAAGACAUAGUUUAUGUGAUGGAGAAAUGUGAUGAUGGUUGGUUUGUUGGUACGUGUGUACGCACCGGACAGUUUGGUACUUUUCCGGGAAACUAUGUGGAACCCGUAUAUGCUACUGUCUAUAGAGCCCCUGGCUCACUUGAGAUUCAGCUUGCCCCAAAUUAGUCCCUCGGUAUGAAAGGGCAGGAGUAUAACAAGAGACAUGGUGCACUUAAGUGAUACAUCAAGCAAGUACAUUUCUGUAAAAGAAGACGUAGCAACAUCGAUGUAGAUUUAUAUGAUAAUUGUCUUAUCAGGAUGAGACAUAUUGGUAAAGUUAUACCUAGGAUGAUGGUUAUUAUAACUUAAAGGAAAAAAUGACAGUUGCAGAUUGUGAAGAAGUUCAUAAAUUGAAUAUUGAGAGAAAAAUGAAGGCAAAAUAUAUGAUAGUGGUUAAUUUAUCGAUGGUACUGUUUAUUAGCACUUGUUCAGAUUCAGUUAUAGUUACUGUAUGCCAUAUAUGUAGCAGUUUAAGUAAUCAGCAGUUAAUGUGUAAGGGGAAUGUUUUAUUAAUUUACAGUAUCAUUAAUACAUAUUUUAUUACUGGAUAUUUUUUUUUACCGAAUUCAAACAUGACUUGGGGGGUGGGGGAUUUGAGUGUCAGUCAAUUUAAUGUCAUUAUUCUUAGUAUGAUAAUGCAAUGGAAGAAAAGAAAGUGAAUACUAAAUGUGAAUAACUGACAUGAUUUUAAAACUUUUAUUUAAGUUAUUGGCGUGUUCAGUAUUUAAUCCUGCUAGGUAUCACUUUUUUUACAAGAUGAAAACUAAACAAAUUGUAUCAUCCAAACAUCUGAACACUGUCUUAAUACUACAAAACAAGUAAGUACACCAGUCUUUUUUUUUUCUUUCAUGAAUGUCAGGUAUUUUUCAGAUGUUCUUUGAAUGUCAAAAGGAACAAAAUCAUUGUAGUUAGUUUUUAAGUAUAGCUCAAGGGGUAAUAUAAUUUAUGUAUAUUCAUGUGGUAAAGCUAUGACCUGGUUCUUUGCCUUGCUGCAAACUUUUACUGUAAUCAUGUAUCAUUUUUUUCACACAUUCAUGUACACAUCACUUUACUGCAUGCUCACAUACUCACAUUCUAACAUACUGGAGUUAUUUAUGGGCCAAUUUGCCACAUCAGUAUUUCAUCUUUUUAAACUGUAUCUGACCAAGCUGUGUCACUAAAAUUAUGUAUGAUUUCCCACCAGCUGUAUGGAACUAGAUCUACAAACAGGUGAAGACUGCUCUAGCAUAAUGUUUAAGCCAAAUGACAAUUUUUUAACCAAAUUAAUUGUAAAUUGGUUAAAAAUAUACAGAUAGGAAAAAUUAGGUGGAGCAAUUUAUGUAGAACUGUUGACAUAGAUAAUCUGCUAUUAUGUGUCUAGAAUGCAUGUUACACAUUACAAGUAUUAAUUUAUUUGAGACAAAAUCACAAGGCCAUGUCCACACAUGCACGAUGUUGUUUUUCAUAUUCACUCUUAGACUUGUGUAUUUGACACAUUUUGUAUCCAAAACAAAAAAUAAGCUUUAUAAAAAUAUGAAUCCACAACAAUUAAAGGCUACGAAAAAUAUAGUGAUUAAGGGGAUACAUUUUAUACUAAGUGACUUAGUUUGGCAGAAAAAUGGAAUAUUUUAUUUUUCUUUUGUUAUUUGCUUGUUGUCUUGUGUGAGGCACUGAUGAUGUAAACCAAUAAAACUGUCUUUCAUAUAUAUAUAUGUUGUUAGUGUUGAAUAAUCAAUCUGAAUAGUUGUCCAGUGUGAUGUGGAUUAUCUUCUGCACAGUGCCAAUUUCUUCAGGUUCUACCCAUUACAUUGCCAGAAAUUGAUGGAGAAAUCUAAGUGUGACGGUUGUCAACUGUAAUGCAAAAAUUACUUAAUAUGACAAAGCAAGAUUGUAGAUAAGUAGAUAAUGUGGUAUAUCCCCUUUUACAUGUUAUGUUAUCUUACUUAUUAAUUUAUGGUAGCUCAGUGGUUACAUGCAUAAUGUUAUUUAUACGUGUAUUUUCACCAGCCUCUGCUGGCAAUAGCAGUCGCCAUGCAGUCUAUUCAUUGGUUCUUUCAAAUGCUUUAACCUCAACUGGUAGAAUGUUACCAAAUUAAUGCAUUCUCUAACAUUCUUAUUUAUUCUUGAUAAUCUUCUGUAAACAGGUACGUAACAAUCUAGCUCCUAUAGUAAGGCAAGGUACAUAGACUACUAUUUGUUUUAAGCUAGGAGAAGGAAAUGUUCCACAAUCUGAAUUAGACAAUUUUACAUAUGUAAUUAUGAACCAGUCCUGCUGUCUACUUAAUUUCAUAUAUUUAUGUAUUUUAUUUUUAAAACAUUUAUUGAGCUGUCUUAAUUUACAAAUACUUUCUUCAGCUUGCCAUGACAUUAGUGAAGUUGAAACUUUCAUCACCAAGAGGAUUGUUGUGUGGCUUCAUUUACUUUGUUGUUUUUUUUUUUUUAGCAAAAUAAAUUAUAACAUUACAUGUCAAA